ACAAAAUGGCGGCACAAGUGAAGCAAAUGUUACUUACUCUCUCUAGUGCUAGUGGUUCCCAUAAGGAUAUUACUGGAAAAUAUCGCGAAAUUUUGGAGAAGAUUUUCAAAUUUCAAGAGCCAUCUCUCACGGAAGGCCUCAAAACUUUCACUGAAGCUUUGGUUCAUGAAAAUGUAAGCCUUGUUGUAUCAAGACAAAUUUUAAGUGAACUCUGUAAUCAUAUUCCAAACAUGAAUGUAGCUUGUGCUAAGCAGGUGUCACAUUUUGUGUUGGAAAAAUUACAACCAAGAGCUAUAUCUUUUGAGGAACAGGUUGCAGUAAUAAGGAAGCAUUUGGCAAAAAUAUAUGAAGAUUGUCAGGAAUGGCGAGAGGCUGCAAGGGUGCUUACUGGAAUUCCUGUGGAGUCAGGGCAAAGGCAAUAUUCAAUAGAUUAUAAACUGGAAACCUACCUGAAGAUUGCACAGUUGUACUUGGAAGAUGAAGAUCCUGUUCAGGCUGAAGCAUACAUAAAUAGAGCAUUAAUCCUCCAAGCAGACACAAAGACAGAGAAGCUACAGAUACUUUACAAGGUUUGCUAUGCCCGUCUUCUGGACUACAAACGGAAGUUCAUUGAAGCUGCACAACGUUAUCUUGACCUAUCAUACAAUACUGCAAUACAUGAUGAUGAGCGGAUGACAGCCCUUAAGCAUGCAUUGAUAUGUGCCAUCCUUGCUUCAGCUGGGCAGCAAAGGUCAAGGAUGCUAGCAAACCUGUUUAAAGAUGAACGUUGUCAGCAGCUACCUGCCUAUGGAAUUCUUGAAAAAAUGUAUUUAGACAGGAUAAUUCGAGGACCAGAACUUCAUGAGUUUGCUGCCAUGUUAAUGCCUCAUCAAAAGGCAACUACUGCAGAUGGUUCUAGUAUUCUUGACAGGGCUGUUAUUGAACAUAACUUACUCUCUGCCAGUAAACUCUACAACAACAUCACAUUUGAAGAACUUGGAGCUUUAUUAGAAAUACCACCAACCAAGGCAGAGAGGAUUGCAUCACAAAUGAUUUCUGAAGGACGCAUGUCUGGAUCUAUCGAUCAAAUUGACGGAGUUGUGCAUUUUGAAACUCAAGAGGUGCUUCCCUCGUGGGACAGACAAGUUCAGAAUCUGUGCUUUCAGGUCAAUAACGUGAUAGAAAAGAUCAACAGUUUUGCACCAGAGUGGGUAGCUAAGUAUAAUGAAUCACAAAUGAUAUCUUGAUGAAGUUUUAAGCUACUUGGCAAUUGUCAAAAGGACAGAGCAAGCGUGCGGAAAGCACAUUGGAUACCUCCUUUGACGAUGUAUAGUUCCUUUCCUUAACGUUAAACGUGGAAGAAACUCCUGUGGAAUGAGACUUUCCGGAAGUUUGCGAUUUCUGGAUGACUGCCGUUUGAGUAUUAAAUCUGAAGAGCUCUUUAAUUCCUGAAAUAAAAACUUAUUUGUUAGAGAAUGAA